AUGCGUUUUCUCUCCAAGGAAGUCAAUGUACUCAAGGAAUAUGUAGAGACAAAUGGUUUAGACAAAAGGGAAGAAAGGUGGCGGAAGAUUGACGCCAGCGACACAAGCAUUGCAUUUCCGCAACUGUCGGAAGAAGAAAUACGAGAAUUAACAAUGGGGGUAUAUCAGAUAAAACUAGCUAAAUCCUAUGCUCAGGAACAUCUGGAUAAAGAUGGCAACUAUGAAAUUUACGUCAACAAUGACCAUGAUGGAAUUCUAGGUGCAAAACUUCAAAGCAGGCAUAUAUCGGCAAAAAAGUAUUUAUUGUGGAUUGGGUUUGAUGAGAUAAAUAUAAAAUCAUGGUUUUGCAAAUGCAAAAUAGGGUCAAGAGUGGUGGGAAUGUGCUCCCACAUCACUAGUGUUAUAUGGUUUUUAUCCUUUGCAAGGCACAGGGAAAACCCAAAGAUUGGAGUUCGGAAUUGGUGCAGUUACGUUGAUGAUGCUGCAGCGCUGCCCGUUGAUGAUUCCGACAGCGACGAAGACAGCCUUGUCGGAAAUGAAGAGGAGUGA